AUGGCGAUGUGGAGUGACGUUGAACUUCUAACCAACGAGGACACUGGCACCGUAAGGCUGGGUAGUGUGUCCACAGAGGAGAACGGCAGCGGGCUGUAUCAGGUGGACACGUUGGCCAAGAUCUCUGCAGCCAGUGAGGUCCAGGGAGAACCUCAUCUGUCAUCCUCCAGCGGAUCCAACUGGAGCAUAGUGGUGGCUGAUAAGACGGUGAUCCUAUCUGACCAGACCUACCAGACCAUCCUACUGCUUUUGCACUUUGAGACUCGCGUGGAAGCAUUUGACGUGUGUCUCAAUGGACAGUUUUUAGUGGUGUGUGAACAAAAUGGAAACUUGCACCUGAUUUACGUGCCACAUAAGAAAAUCCUCCUAACCAAGGCUUUGGUGGAAAACAAGCCCACUGGAGCUAAAACCUAUCACUAUCUCAUCAUGAAGGAGGACCAAGUAUCUUCAGGAACAUACCAUGUGUUUCUGCUCAUCAAAGAUAGUUUUUUCCACAUCACAAACCUGGCUUUGGCUAAGAUGGAAACGGCCAUUGCAAAAAUGGAUCUGGGAGUCUUAAAAGAGCUUCAGUCUGUCAUCAAGAUUGACAUUUACCCGACCAGCAAGUAUCACAAUGAGGGCUGCAGCACUGCAGUUCUCUUUACUGUGGGACAGGAGAUCCAUCUGCUUAUCGGGGGAGACCAGGAAAAUGUUUUAACAGACUGGAAAAUGGAUACAAACGGGAAGAUGUGUCUGGCCCACCGUGUCAGCAACACUCUGAUCCCUGGUGUGCAAAAGAUGGUAGUGGUGAACAAUUUAGUGUACAUUCUUGAUACGGAGGACUUCCUCAGUCUGUGGGAUGUGAACGUCUUCGUCAUGAUUCAUUGCUGGUCAGAUCUGUUUAUUCACGACUUUGAGCUGACCUCCGAAUGUGGAAGCGCUGCUAUGUCACAAGAUGGCAGCAGCAUCAAGAUGAUCACAAUUGUCAAGCAAGGCAACAGUCAGAUAAACUUACUGCAGAUCCGCUCCUUGCCUUCAAUGACUGUGUGCUACUCCAUGAACAUCUCCUCUGUCUCCUGCCUUGUCCACACAAACAUCAACAUGGAUACAUUUUACUUGGUAGAAGGGAUCUUUGAAAACCCAGAAAGUCGAGGGCAACCAAUAUCUUCUCUUGCAAUCAGAUGCUUCACAGAGGCAUUGCCAGAAAACAGGCUGAGCAGACUACUCUAUAAGCACAUGUUUGAGGAAGCUGAGAAAUUUGCAAUUGCUUUUGAGUUGGAUUUAGAGCUGGUGUAUAAGGUGAAGCUGGACUUUGUGCUGGAGCAGUUGGCCUCUGCGUCGGUGGGGGGCUAUGGACAAGAGGUGUGGUCCGACCUGGUCGAGGAGGCACGCACUAACCUCAUGAAGAUCUCAGAUGAGCAGUAUGUGGUGGAGUACUGUCUGAAGGCUCCGUGGCCUACCUUUGAGAUGGCUGAGAAGAUGCUGAACCACGCAGCCUCUCAUUACUGCACUCUCCAGAUCCAAGAGGCACUAGCACGACUGGCCACCUUUUGCAGUCUGUACACUGUCGACAAAUUCAAUGGCAUCGCUUGGAUCGAGUUCCUGAAUUGCACAGAUGUUUUUGGAGACAUCCUAUGUCAUCUGCGUGACGCCGACCUGAAGGGGGCACAGCUUCUCUGGCUCAGACAUGAGGGACAAAUGGCUGCGGAGUUUGAUGAGCAGAAGCUCGAGGAGAUGCUGAAUAGCAUCCCAGAGGACCUGCCCUCCAAAGACUUGUGUCCCUGGUUCAACUCUGUCUUUUUCCCAUUUGUGAGGAGAGUGCUUCCAUCAGGACAGAAAAACCUGGCGAAAUGGCUGGAACAAAGAGCUAGGAAUCUGGAGUUAACUGAGAAGAGCGCCUGGCCUCAGAAUGGUUUGAACCUGGCUGUGCUCGGACUUCCAUCUUUAUGGACCUGGACCAAAUGUGAUGACAACUAUGGAGCAGAAGAAGUGGAGAACCUCAAGUCUUUAGUGACCAAUCUAGGCCAACUUUUGGAACUGGACCGGAAGUACAACUGCAAGCUCUCCCUGUCCGUCUUUGAGAAGGGGAAUGCCCGAAGUGUGGCCUUCUUUAUGUUGGACAAAGUGCCUGCUCCAGAGCUCAUUUCUCACACAGUGGAAACCUGCAUCGUGCCUUAUGCCCAGGAGCAAAAUCUGUCAUAUGAGGAGCUACUUCUACAGUAUAUAAAGGACCUGCUGGAGCGCUGCAGCUCUCAGACCACCACCCUCUUCACAGAAUGGGAGGCCAAAGCUGUGGCUGUGCUGGGCUGCAUGACUGACUCUGAUCUGAUGGUGGACGCAGUGCUGGAAAUCAUGCAGAAGGCCGUCGUCCCUUGGAAUAACAUAGUGGAAAAGCUGGUCCAACAGUACCUGGAGAUGGAAGGACCAAAACAGGAACUUCUGAAGGAGAACUAUCGCUUGAUGGAGAUCAGGAAACUGCUGAGGGGCUAUGGCAUUCGCAACUUCAACCUGACCAACAAUAACCAAAUCAUGACUGUUAUCAGACACAUCCUGAAGCAAAACCUACCGUGUUCUUUAAAGGACUCCCUGACUUUAGCUGAAGCCUAUAAACUGCCCACAGCACACAUCAGCUACCUGCACCUCAUCCAGCUCAUCAGACGGGGCAAGAGAGAGGAGUGCAUGACUGUGCUGAAGAGGAUGUCCACUGCAGAGGCGGAGUGUGUGAUCCAACGCCUCACCACAUGGGCCCGGCUGCAGCUGGAGGACAAGGAGCACCUGUCUGAGGAGCAUAAAAAGGAGCAGAUGUCUGUUGCCCAGGUCAUGGUGGAAGCUCUUAAAUACCUGCAGAUCAUACAGAAAAAUGAUGGCCUCAAAAGCAUGGAGUGUGAAAAAAACCUAGUGAUGUUCCACGCUAUUUCAAACUUGCAGGAAGACUUUGAUAUCUUCUUCACCCCAACCAAUUAUGAAGACCCACAGAUCCGUAAGCAGAUCCAGGAGCACCACAUCACGGCCUAUGAGAACACUCGUGGGCAUUGCUCAUCUAAGGCCAAGCCCCAGAGGACUCCUGUGAUGGCCAACGAUCCGGACGGCAAAACCAAGACCAUCUCCACCGAGGCUGGGCUGCGACGCCUGGGGAGGCAGCUGCAACGCACAGAGCAGGAACUGUGGUCCGACCUCGCCCACCGAGCUUUGGGAGUGGGCAAAGUGGACAAGGCUCUGAAGAUUCUCAGCGAGCUUUACGAGCACCACUGUAACACCAGCACAGGCAGAGUGCUGUUCACUGCAGCUAAGACCCUGUGCCAGAUGCUAGAGGCAGACGUCCCCAUGGUUCUCUGUGAAGGCAUGGACCUGCCCGCAGUCAUUCACAAUCUGGCCUGCCAAGCUACCACUGUCUGUCAUUCAGACUUGCUCUUGGACUGCCUGGAGCUCUGUAAAUGCACCAGAAUUGCUAUGGAUGUGUACCACCAGUGUCAGCUUUCAGACAACUACGGCUUCAUUGGCAAGGAUGUAACCGAGGCAGAGAAAGACCCAAACUACCAGGACGUCUUCAAUGAGGACUGUAUAGUUCUGGACCCAGUGUCAGUGCUGCCAGUCCAGUACGAGAUCACUAACUGCUUACUGCCUAUUUCUUAUGAUGCCAUCUUAUAUCCACUGGACUGCUCCUGCUUGUCCCACUGCUCAUUUGAAGAUGGCUCUAACUACCUACCCCUGCUCCUCAACCCUCUGAGUAACAUGCUGCAGAUGCUCCAGGAGUGCAGUCAGCUGGAGCUGGCCCUCCGAGUGCUGGUCAACUUGUACGGCAGCAGCCUACAGCAUUGCACCUCCAAUGUCAUGGACCUGCGCCUUGGCGUACAGCUAUAUGAUAAGAACACACUGAAGAAAUACAACAUGUGCUUGAGUGAACUUUGGAAAAUUACCAUAUCCUCCAUGAAUGCAGUUGUACUGGCUCUGCUGAACAAGGUAUUCAACUGGAGAAUGGUGGACUGUAAUUUGGCCAUUGGUCUCUGUACACUCCUCUCUGAAUCCGAAGUCUUUAAAAUCCUGUGGAAAGUUAUUGACAACGCCUGGCAGAAUUAUGACAAGAUUUUGGCUGUGGCUAAAGUCGGGGCUAACCUGUGCUGCCUGUAUGCUCGGGCCGAGGAGAAAAUCAGGUUUCUGUCUGUCAUCACUGAUGCUGAGUGGGGCAUCAAGCUCAGCAAACUGGAGAUCUCCAUGCAGCCAGUGUUCCGUCAGCAAGACAAGAGCCAGCUCACCCCAGUGCUGGUGAAGAACAGUCAAAUCACUUCAGACAUAAUCCUCCAGUACUGCAGUACGUACGACCUUGCCCAGGACAGUGUGAUAAACCAGUACAUCACCACUCUGCUGCUGCUCCAGGAGGACGUGGAGGGAGUUGGCUCCAGCGGCACAGACCAGCGUGUGGACAGCAGACAGGAGCAGGACCAGGCUCUAGAGAGAGUCCUGCAGAUCAUCCCCAAGCUCCACAGCACCAGCGAGCUCACAGACAAUCUGUGUGCAGCUGUCUUCAAGCUCAGCCCAUACAACUACGAGAGAAUUGAAGUUGUGCUGAAGAUUCUGGAGGUGGCAGAUGAAAAUGUGCCCUCCUUUUCAGUUUGCCAGGCCAUGGCUCUGCUCAAACACCUGAAGUCCUAUAAGCGAGUGUCUGCUCCCUCGAACACGGAGAACACAUAUCUCCUGGAAAACAACCUUCUCCCCAACCAGCUGUCCAACACACGGCUGCCCUUCCACCUGCUAAUGCAGACGAAACACUUCUGGAAGAUCAUCUCUCCAGAACUUACUGAAGAGACAUUUCCCACUCUGCUCCUGAUCAGCAAACUUAUGAAGGUGUGUCUGGAUAAGCUGUACAUGUCUGCAGCUAACCACGUGUUUGAGGAGAAGAUGAAGCCCCUCCUUCUGGAGCAGAAGAGGAGAGGAAACUGUCACGGCUACAACAAAGAGACACUCAAAGUGGCAAAGAUCAUGAUGAGGUACAUCCACUGCAUCCAGAGCCCUGAGUGGGCUGCUGCCACCGCGCACAAGAUUGCACAGGAGUUGCCCCCAGGUUAUGAGAAGACCCAGUCCCUUCGGUUCUGCUUGGCUCUUGGAGAAACGUGGCUGAAGGAUCCAAACCUUGAGGCGCCUGCUCAAUCCAGAGGUGAAACCUUCCUGUCCAAGUUGAAGCUGCAGUACCAGCGUUCUGCCACAGAGAACACGCUUAUAGCCAAUCAUCUGAGCAGCCCAGAGCUCCUGAAGCUGAGUGGACUGCCUGCCAAGCUCAUCGUGUCCCUGUAUGAGCACAGCAGUGUGGAGCAGCGCUACAGGGACACGGCCUGUCAGUCAUAUCCAGACCUGCAUGCUGUUAUUAAAGAAGUGGCUGCAAUAAACAGCGUGGAUCUGUUGAAAAUUUGUAAUAUGCUUUUGGAAAAAUGGAUCUGCAAAACCGGACCUGCAGUAGCCAAGGAAAUGAGUGCUGGUGACUGUGUGAGCAUUGAGGAUGAUCCAGACCUGAUGAGGGUUGUGUACAUGCUUCAGUCCUGCCCCAUGGAGAAGUCACUCCAUCUUCUCACUCCUGUGUUAUCAGCUGAGACUUGGCCUCUGAGUAGCUCGGGCCCUCGCCUGACCUUCUGCCAUCGCACCCGCGCUCUGCUCUGCCUGGUCCGCCUCACUGAUGCUCAGACACUGGAGAUGCACACAUAUAUACCCAGAGGACAGAUCCAGUUUUACCUGAAGUCUUACGUGUUUGUGUCUCAACUGGAGGCCUUAAACAUCCCAUACACACUGCAGUCGUUCCUAAGCAGCCCUAAAGAUGGUCUGGUAAAAGGGCUGUGGAAGAACCACAGCCAUGAGCCCCGGGCUGUUCAGCUGGUGACAGACCUGUGUCUGGAGUACCAGAUCUAUGACCCUCAGCUUUGGAAUAGUCUACUCCAGAAACUGCUGGGCUUCAACCUGAUUGGCCACUUGCAGAAGAUUCUGGAUGCAUUGGUGGCUGUGCCCUCUCUGUGGGAGAUUUCCAGUUUUUCAAGGACUUGGAGGAGUACUAUUUUGGCCCCCUUUGUCUCAGCUUCUUUCCCUCUGACCCCGGAGCAGCAGAUCAUCUUGUACAGGACUUUUGUGCUGCUACUCAAGUGUCCCUUUGUGCUCAGUCUGGACCUGAUUGGCAUCGCUAACCGCUUUGCUCAGUUACAGCUGUCUGCGUUUGCUCUGGGGACUCUGCUCCUCAUCCCCUAUGCCCAGAAAAAGGCCCAACAGAUCCAGGGCUUUCUGUCACUCUGUAACCCGCUCACUGUUCUGGAACAAGUGGAGGAGCUCAUGAGCACUGGAGAGCUGGCAGGAAUCCCUUCAAAGAUUCGUGACACUGUGUUGAGUUUCAUCAGUCAGAGUGGGCAGCAGCAGAAGCUCAUAAAGACCAGACACUUCGCUCACCUCCGACAUCUGAUACUGUCACACGGGCACACACAGGAAGUUCGCCAGCUGGUAAAGUGCCUCGUCAACCACAACUGUCCAGAGGAGGCAGCGUCCCUGGCCCGCGAUUUCCUGAAGCACAGAGAUCCUCAUAGGGCUAAGCUGGUCACCAAUGGAUCUGCAUCUCCGGGCAGUUGCAUCAAGGAGUUCCUCAGUCUGGACAGUGGAUUGCCGUGAAGAGCCCACACAACAUAUUUAGUAUUAUCACGUUUGUAUCACCCCUGUUUACCGCCCUACUGUCUAUAUA